AUGCAUCUCAAGCAACCUGGAUUUGCUGGUUAUGUUUGGCCUUUCUUCGCCGAAGUCGACCUCUCGGUGGGCGCGCUGGGACAGCGAUUGUCGUGGGCUCUAUCUGUUGGUAUUCAUCUGCGGAUCUUUCAAUCGAGUUCCGGCGAAUUAGACAUCCCAUGUAAACAUCUUCCGUUGGCACGGAUGCGCAAAGCUGGCUGGUGUGCGAGUGAGAUAGCCAUGGUGGAGGGGGUGUCGGCGACGGAGCAUUACAUAUCGCAGAUGAGAAGUUCAACUGUUGCGGAAGAGAACGGCCAUUCUUAG